AGUUCUGAGCUGUAGAAACCUGUGUGGCGACGAGAGGAGAGUGCGAGAAAUGGCGCCGUUGAAGGCUCUGGAGCAAGAGUAUCCGAUUAUAAAUUCCAGCUUCCAGAACUUCUGUGCUUCUCGCGGCAUUUUCUCAGUAGAGGAUUUACUCUUGCAUGACCUCUAUGUAUUAGUUGCUUUUGCGGAACAAGAAUCUGACGCCGAGAGAUUAAAGCAGGGCAUUACACAAGUCCUGUCUAUAAUUGAUGGUCAGCAUCAGCCAUGGUUGAAUGGUAUGGAGCUGUUGGAAGAUGCUCACAGGAAUAAGCAUGUGUUAUCCAGUGGUUGUGAAGGGAUCGAUUUUUUACUUCAAGGUGGAUUACGCAAGGGACAGUUAACUGAACUUGUUGGGGCAUCAUCUUCUGGUAAAACGCAACUUUGCCUACUAGCCGCCUCCAAUGUUGCAAAGGAGCAUAUGGGCAGUGUUGUGUACUUAGAUACAGGCAACUCUUUUUCGCCCCAACGCAUUACACACUUUAUUUGUCGGCAUUCUGACCCUGCCAUUGAUCAGGCUAAACACAGAAUUCUGCAGAAGGUAAUGAACAGCAUAUUAUGCCACUCAGUGUUUGACAUCUUUACAAUGUUUGAUGUGCUGAAUCUGCUAGAAUUAAAUCUGAGAUCUCAGAUGCAGAGAGGAGAUUGUCAGGUGCAGUUGCUUAUUAUUGAUUCGGUAUCAUCACUGAUUACGCCAAUCCUUGGAGGCAGUGGUUCACAGGGGCGCGCUUUAAUGGUUUCUGCUGGAUUUCUGCUGAAGAAAUUAGCGCAUGAGCAUAAUCUUGCAGUACUGGUGACCAAUCACACAGUGGGUGGGGAGGGAGGUAUCUGUAAACCAGCUCUUGGAGAGAGUUGGAAGAGCAUCCCACAUGUCAGGCUUCUCCUUUCCCGUGAUCGUGGAGGCAGCGGUGUGUACAGUGUUUCUGUACUUAAACACCCAUCCAUGGCUCCUGGUAAGGCUUCAAGGUUUAUGAUUGAUGAUUAAGUACAUGGAUUGUGCUUUAGAGUCAUACAAGGAAAGUAGUAUAAAUUUAACUCUAUUGAAAAUGAAGCUGUUUUGUAAUAUUAUCAAGAAUAUUAGCAAUUUUAUGGAUAUUUCUUUUUUUCUUCUAAAA